CUGGGGAUAAAACGUGCAGCUUCAGAGAGGCCAGGGACAUUUGGGAGCACGAUGGCCAGAAGGACGGCGUGCACGUACCUCCGGGGGGUCGUCCUACUCGCCCUGUGGAGGCCGGCGCUGCAAGGAGGUGUGUUGAUACCUGCUGGGGGAGCAGUUGGAAAAGGUGCGAGUGCUGCAACUGGAUUCGGCCAGGGUGGAGCAGGAACUGGAUUUGGACCGGGUGGUGCAGGAACUGGAUUUGGACCAGGUGGUGCAGGAACUGGAUUUGGACCAGGUGGUGCCGGUACAGGAUUUGGUCCUGGAGCAGGAGGAGCCGGCCCUGGACAAGGAGUUGCGGGAGGUGGCUUCGGUGGUCAGGCACCCGGAGGUUUCAGGCCUGGCACCUAUGGUCCAGGCAGUGGUGGACCUGGAGGAUUUGGUGCUGGUGUCAAGCCUCCGAAAACAGGUGGUGCCUAUGGUGGUCAAGGCUUCGGUACAGGACAGGGAACUGGUCUAGGUGGAGCUGUGCCAGGUGGUAUUGGCGGCUAUGGAACUGGGCCUGGCGGAGCGCCAGCUGCUGGUUUUGGUCCAGGAGGUCAAGGCACAGGUGCUGGUGUCAAACCUGGGAAGUCAGGGUAUGGAGGCUUUGGGGCAGGGGGCACAGCUGGAGCAUUUGGAACCCAAGGAACUGGGGCCAACAGAGGUCAAGGUGCUGGAACAGGUCUCGUACCUGGAGGUGGCUUUGGAGGAGGUUACGGUCCAGCCAGUGGGAGUCAAGUUCCAGGAAGUGGUGGAAUAGGACCUAAACCCCCAAAGACUGGUUAUAGCUCAGGAGGGACAGGAUUUGGACCUGGUGGUGCAGCAGCUGGUCCUGGUGCGACAGGAUAUGGGCCUGGUGGAGCAGGAUAUGGGCCUGGGGGUGCCGGAGUUGGGCCUGGGGGAGCAGGAGUUGGUCCUGGUGCAACAGGUUUUGGGCCUGGAGGUGCAGGAUUCGGGCCAGGUGGAGCAGGAGUUGGGCCCGGGGGUGCAGGUUUUGGGCCUGGAGGUGCAGGAUUCGGGCCAGGUGGAGCAGGAGUCGGGCCCGGGGGUGCAGGGUUUGGGCCUGGAGGUGCAGGAUUUGGACCAGGUGGAGCAGGAGUCGGGCCCGGGGGUGCAGGGUUUGGGCCUGGAGGUGCAGGAUACGGGCCAGGUGGAGCAGGAGUCGGGCCUGGAGGUGUAAAUGCAUUUUUGCCACAAGGUGGUGCUGCAGGGAUGGGACCAGGUGGGAAGAGUAGCGGCAAAUCAUCAAAACAACUUCCAGGUGUCGGGGUUCCUGGACUCUAUCAAGGGGGAUUUGUACCAAGUCAAGACUUUGGAGGACGUGGUGUCCUCCCUGGAGUGGCAACUGGUUCUGGACUUGGGUCUCAGGCAGGUGCCGGGGUACUUGGCCAGGGCGGUGCUGGUCAAGGAAGCGACAACAGUCGAGGACAGCAACUGCCAGGGAUUUUUCGUGGGUACCCUCUGAUAUCACCAAAGUCAGGAACAGGAAAGUCGAAGAGCCCGGCCAAAGCUGCAGCUAAAUACGGUGGCGCUGGAGGAGGUGGCAAUUUAGGAGUUGGCACUGGCGGACUCCCUGGUGGAGGGCUAGGUUUUCCUGGCUUUGGAGGUGGAGCUGGAACGGCUGGGGGACCUGGAGCGGUUCCCGGAUAUGGGGGCGGAGCUGGAACAGCAGGUGGACCUGGAGCUGUUCCUGGAUAUGGUGGUGGAGCUGGAACAGCAGGUGGACCAGCAGCUGUUCCUGGAUAUGGGGGUGGAUCUGGAACAGGAUAUGGUCCUGGAUCAGCCAAAGCACGCAAAUAUGGUCAGCCUGGUGGUGCCAGCACUGGUAUGACUGGAGGGCUUGGUGUACCGGGAGGAAGAGCUGGUGUUAACACAGGAGUUCCCGGAUAUGGUCAAGGUGGUGCGGUCACUGGUCCAGGAUAUGGUCCAGGUGGUGCCGGCAGUGGUCCUGUAGGAGGUGGUUACGGACCAGGUAGUACUGGCCCUGGACUAGGCGGAGCUGGGACAGGAAUAGGAUCUGGAGGUUAUGAUGCCAAUGCCAAAGCUCGCAAAUACGGCAUGUACAGUGGAGCUCUGGGAAGUCAAGGAAUAAGUACUGGAGGUGUAGGUCCUGGUGGUGCUGGUACAGGCUUCAGACCAGGAGGCGGAGGUGGACCUGGAGGUGUUGGCACAGGUUAUGGCCCAGGAGGAGUGGGGCCCAAUGGUGUUGGAACAGGAUUUGGACCAGGAGGAGUCGGACCAGGAAGUGCAGGAAAAAGCUACGGAAAAAGUGGAGUUGGAGCUGGUGGUGCUGGCACAGGCUAUGGACCUGGGGGAGUAAGGCCUGGUGGUGCUGGGACAGGGUUUGGACCAGGAGGAGUCGGACAAGGUGGGGCAAGUAAAAGCUAUGGACCAGGUGGAAUUGGAACUGGUGGUGCUGGCGCAGGCUAUGGACCAGGCGGAGUAAGGCCAGGUGGUGCAGGUACAGGCUUUGGACCUGGAGGCGUCGGACCUGGUAGUGCAGGUAAAGGCUAUGGAGCAGGAGGUGUCGGACCUGGUGGUGCUGGCACGGGUUAUGGACCAGGAGGAGCAGUUGCACCGGGUGGUACUAGCACAGGUUAUGGACCGGGGGGAGUAAGGCCGGGCGGUGUUGGUACAGGGUUUGGACCAGGAGGAGUCGCACCUGGCGGUGCCGGAAAAAGCUAUGGACCAGGAGGAGUCGCACCUGGCGGUGCCGGAAAAAGCUAUGGACCAGGAGGAGCCGUUGGACCUGGUGGUGGAGGCACUGGUUAUGGACCAGGAGCUGUUGGACCUGGUGGUGCCGGUGCUGGUUUUGGACCUGGCAGGGGAUUUGUGCCUGGCGGUGCAGGUACCGGCUAUGGACCAGGAGCAGGAGCUGGGCCUGGAGGUGCUGGCACUGGAUUUGGACCAGGAGCAGGAGUUGGCCCUGGAAGUGCUGGCACUGGAUUUGGACCAGGAGCAGGAGUUGGGCCUGGAGGUGCUGGCACUGGAUUUGGACCAGGAACAGGAGUUGGGCCUGGAGGUGCAGGAUAUGGACCCGGAGGUUAUGCUGGUGCCAAGGCUCGCAAAUAUGGUCUUCCUGGGGGAACCAAGGGUGCAGGAGGACUUGGUGUUGGAACUGGACCAAGUUCUGGCCAAGGAGUGACAGGAGGGUUCCAAGGACAAGGUACUGGGCAAACAGCUGGACGAGGAGCAGGUGCAGGACAAGGGGCAGGUGGAUUACCUGGUUCUGGUGUUGGAACUGGAGGAGGACCUGGUGGCUUUGGACAGGGUAGCACAGGAGCUUCUCCUGGUGGGGCCAAGUCUCUCAAAUACGGGCUUCCUGGUGGCAGUGGAACUCCUGUGUCGGGUCAAGAUGGAAGAGUAGGUGGCACUGCGGGGACCGGAGGAGCUCUGGGGACUGGUGGAAACGGAUAUGGACCUGGGGUUGCGCCUGGUGCAGGUUUUGGACAAGGCGGAGGCUACAAUGCAGGGACAGGAACUGGAUAUGGACCAGGUUAUGGAGCUGGAGAAAAGGCUGCCAAAUACGGUCAAGGUGGUGCCGGUGGUGGUGCAGGAGCAGCACAAGGAGGCUUUGGAACAGGAGGUUUUGGAACAGGCACACCAGGUCAAGGUUAUGGUACAGCAGGAUCCAAGGCUGACAAAUACGGUCUACCUGGUGGAGUGUCACCUGGAGCCGGUACCAAUGCUCCAAUCAACGGCACUGGCGUUUACACGAACGGAACCCGCACCAGGGGUGGUGCUCGCACAACAACCAGACCUGGUGGACGUGAUGCUGCACGAGGCACGCUAGCGCCGUUGCCAGCAGGUGGACGCGGUGCUGAAGUGGGAAAGGACGGAAAAGACAUUGAUGGAGGUGAGGGUGGUCCAGGUGUGAUUGAGGGGUCUGGCAUUGCUGCAGGAGAAGGGGGAUUUGGAGGAAGACCAUUUGGCGCUGGAAAUGACGGAGAUGGUAUGAAGGGCACGGGAAUUCCCAUCCUUGGAGCAAAACCAGGUAUCGGUGGAACUCCACUUCCAGGUUCCACAGGAGCUGCACCUGGUGGUGGAAGAGCUGUCCAACCAACCGGUGCAAUCGGCGUACUGCCUGGUGCUAAACCUCUCAAACCUCCAGGAGUCCCAAGAGGGGAUACACCAGGUGAAGGAGAGGGCGAAGCGGGUCCUUUUGGAGACAGAUUUAGCACAGGUGGAAGACAGACAGGAGUGGAAAGUACUCCUUCCAGUGCAGGAGCGGCAGGAGGAGUUUCAGGUGGUGUGAGAGGAACUGGAAGAGGAGGUGCCCCUGCAACUGGAACUGGAGUUGGACCAGGUGGCACAACUGCAGCAGUAGGAGGAACAAUAAAACCCUCCAAAGCAUACAACCCCGAUGGUACUAAAGUUGGAGCUUCACCUGGUGGAGUAGGGGGUGGCACUGCAGUAUUUGGAGGAGGUCCAGGAGGAGCUGGGUUCGGUCCUGGUGCAGUUGGAGGAGGCCAAGGAGGAGUUGGAUUUGGGCCUGGUGCAGUUGGAGGAGGUCCGGGUGGAGUUGGAUUUGGGCCUGGUGCUGUUGGAGGAGGUCAAGGAGGAUUUGGGGUUGGCCCUGGUGGCAUGGUGCCCGGCGGAGCAGGAACAGGUGCCGUGAAACCUGGAAAAAGUUAUGGUGCUGGUGGAGCGGGAGCUUUACCAGGUGGAGGUUUACGUUUUCCAAAUGGGGCUGGAGUGGGACAAGGAGGAAAACCAGGCAAAACAUAUGGGAGUUUUGGAGCAGGAAACCAAGGUGGUGUUGGGCCUGGUGGCUACGGUGGUCCUGGAGGUGUUGGUGCUACACCCGGGGGCUAUGGCACAGGAUUAGGGGGUUACGGUACCGUACCGGGAGGUUAUGGUGCUGGACCUGGAAGUUAUGGGGCCAAGACAGGAAGCAAGGGUGUUGGUGGUGGUGUCGGUGGAGCUGGGACCCUUGGAGCUGGAGCUGCUGGAGUUGGUCCUGGGGGUUUGGGAGGAGGAGCACGUUAUGGUGCUGGUGCUGGUGGACUGGGGGGAUAUGGCGGUUCAAGAUAUGGCGCUGGAAAACCGUCAAAAAGCUAUGGGGCAGGACCUGGGCAAGGUGGCUAUGGAGCUGGAAUGGGUGGAGCUGGUUCAAGUCCAGGCGGCUUCAGACCGGGUGGAGCUGGUUCAAGUCCAGGCGUCUUUGGACAGGGUGGCACUGGACCUGGCGGUUUUGGACUUGGCCCGGCAGGAGGAGGACUAGGUCGUGGUGGAGCUGGGACAGGAGGUUAUGGACCCGGUGGUUUUGCCACACCUGGCCUUAAUGGGAAUGGUGGCACAGGUCAAGGACAGGGUAUAAGGAAACCAAAUAAAUCUGGUUAUGGCUCACCCUCACUGGGUGGACCUGGCUAUGGCAAUGGUGGCUUUGGCCCAGGCAGUGCUGGCACAGGAACCGGUGGCUUUGGACCUGGCGGUGCUGGAGCAGGAACCGGUGGCUUUGGACCUGGCGGUGCUGGCACAGGAACUGGUGGCUUUGGACCAGGCGGUGCUGGCACAGGAACCGGUGGCUUUGGACCAGGCGGUGCAGGCACAGGAAUUGGUGGCUUUGGACCAGGCGGUGCUGGCACAGGAAGAGGUGGCUUUGGACCAGGUGGUGCUGGUUUUGGACCGAGUGGUUCUGCUAAAGGAAGGGGAGGCGUCGUACCAGGGUUUGCCGGUGUUGGACCAGGUGGCUAUGGACCUGGUGGUGCUGGCACCGGAACCGGUGGCCUUACACCUGGUAGUUUCAGACCUGGUGGUGCCGGUACAGGCGGCUUUACGGGAACAGGUGGAUUCCAUCCAGGCAGUGCUACCAAAGGAACUGGAGGCUUCAUACCAGGUGCUGGUGGUAUGGGAAACGGUAGAUUUGGACCAGGAGGUGCUGGAACAGGCAGCUUUGGACAAGGUGGCUUUGGUCCAGGCGGUGCCCGCACAGCAACAGGUGGCUUUGGACAAGGUGGCUUCAGUCCAGGUGGCUUUGGACCAGGUGGCCAACAAUUUGGAAAAGUGAAACCACUUACACCUGGAGGAGCUGGUUCUGCAGGCGUUGGACUUGGUGGCUACGGCUCACAAGGAUAUGGCCCAUCUGGAACUGGGACAGGGUCUUUUGGUUAUGGGCCUGGUGGACAAGCACUUGGAACAGGGAAACCUGCUAAAUCAGGUUAUGGCUCGUCGCUAGGAGGAGCAGGAUAUGGACCAGGCGGAGCUGCAAUGGGUGUUCCAGGAGCAGGAACUGGAGGACUUCUUGGAGGAGGUCAAGCAGGGGGGGCUCUCAAUAGCUUCGGAGGAGGAGCUGCUGGAGGCUAUCAAGGAUAUAUGGGGGCUGGACAAAAAUCAAGCGCCCAGAAAGCAGCUAAGUAUGCAGCCAUGCAGAAUUUCCUGGGAGCUGGAGCCUACAGAGGCGCUGGCUGUCAAGGUAAAUACUGCGGCCGAAUGAGGAAGUGAGAGAGCGGCAGACAGGAUGUGACCUCAUUGCAACAACAGCGGUGCUAGACUGAUUCCAUAAUCCCAGGCUGUACACAACCUACCUUGCAUUGGAGCCAGAGUUUCAGAACAUCACUGAGAAGUCGCCAGCUAAGCGCCAUGGUUCACAACUCAUUGGCGUCAAGAUUCCUUAAAGAUUUAAGGGAUCCUGACAUCCAUGCUGAGAACCGCUGGAAUGAGGACUAGAUAUUCUUGUAUGAAGUAUUGCUAAUGUUAGCCUGAUACCAACUGGGCUUGGAGAGGAUGUGCUGAGGACUCGGUCUAACUUUGACACUGCUGAUGAGGAACUACACACACUCAAUGUGAGAAGAUAAUGUAACAUACAACACACACACUAAAUGUGAGGUACUACAACAACCGAGUUGCCUCCAUCCAUUAAUGUGUUUGUUUGCUGUCUACUGUGCAUCACUGUACUAGUCUUUAACUUAUACUGACAACCAAGCUUGUUAUCUAUUUAGUCAAUUGUUACAAUUGCGUAUUAUUUUGUGCUACGCUCUACAUGUGCAAGUGCAUCGUUUGAUUCCUACAUGGUUGAUGAAUGUGUGUGAACUUUUUUUAGGGAGUAAAUGAAUCUCAGCUUGCACUCAAGUGGUGAUUUUCAUUGUUUCUAAUGAACAUAUGUUGCCAAUGGGCAAACACUUCCUGGUAGUGCUUUUCAAUAAAAGAAAUGGCGAACAAA